AUGAAUGACUCUGUGUCCAAUUCCUCCACUUGGAAAGCGGAGUCUGCGCUCGUUUGCGUGGGAUUCGCCGUCAUCUUCCUGCUCGGCACGGUGGGGAACUCUCUGGUGCUCGCGGUCCUGUUUCGCAGCGGGCAGAUGAACACCAAAACCACCAACCUGUUCAUCCUCAACCUGGCCAUCGCGGAUCUGUGCUUCAUCGUGUUCUGCGUGCCCUUCCAGGCCACCAUCUACACUCUGGAUGAGUGGGUGUUCGGACCUGCGGUCUGCAAAGUGGUGCACUUCAUCAUCUUCCUCACCAUGUACGCGAGCAUCUUCACCCUGACAGCCGUGUCCCUGGACAGGUAUUUAGCCAUUUGCUACCCGCUCCGCUCCCGAGAGAUGAGGACGCCAAAGAACGCACUCACCUCCAUCGGCCUCCUCUGGGCCCUGGCCUUGGUUUUCUCUGGACCGUAUCUCAGCUACUUCUCACAGAUGGACCUGGCUGGCACUGUUGUGUGCAUUCCUACGUGGGAGUCCAAACCUCGCAUCAUAAUGGAUAUGUGCACGUUUGUCUUCGGCUACCUCGUCCCCGUGUUGGUGCUCGGCCUCACCUACGCCCGCACCAUCCGAUACCUGUGGACCAGCGUGGGCCCCUUGAAGGACAUGUCCGAGUCGAGGCGGGCCAAGUGGAAAGUCUCCAAGAUGAUCAUCAUAGUCGCUGCUCUCUUCUGCCUUUGCUGGCUUCCCCAUCACCUGGUAAUCCUCUGCAUGUGGUUGGGCCGAUUCCCGCUCAACUACACCACCUAUGUCCUCCGCAUCCUCUCACACUUUGUGGCUUACGCCAACUCCUGUCUCAACCCCAUCGUCUACGCCCUCGUGUCAAAGCAUUUCCGCAAAGGCUUCAGGAAGGUGUUCAGCUGCUCGCUGAAGAGGAGGGAGGUGAAUAAGGUGCAUGUUCAGGCAGUGAACAUGGUCAGCAGCAUCGAUGUGUCCAAUUAA